ACACACACACACACACAGGCACAUGAACACGGACUGAACCAAACUAUCGCUCUGUCAUAGCUGGAGUGGAGAGAAAAGUAAAGGACUAACAUGAGGAACAUCAUAAAGCAGUUAGGACAGAACUUAUGUCUGUUUUUUACAAUUAUCAUCAUUUCACUCUUUGGGUUACUUUACAUUAGCUACACGCCCUCCAGAAACAGGGAUGUCAGACGGCCAGAUGUUGCCACAACGACCCCAUGGUUAGCUCCGAUUGUGUGGGACGGAAUAUUUGAUCUGAAGAUGAUUGACAAGAUCUACAAACAACAGAACAUCACCGUGGCAACCACUGUCUUUGCUCUGGGAAAGUAUGUGCGUUUCCUGAAGGACUUCCUAGAGUCGGCGGAGCAGCACUUCAUGGUGGGCUACCGAGUGCAUUAUUACCUGUUUACAGAUCGCCCGAACAAAGUUCCCGUGGUAACACUGGGGGAGGGGCGUCAGUUGACUGUGAUAAAAACAGCAAGCUCAAACCGCUGGCAGGAAAUCUCGCUACACAGGAUGGGGAUGAUUGAGAAGCUCAUUGAAGAGAAGCUCAGGAACAAGGCAGACUACAUAUUCAGCCUCGACGUCGACUCCAAAUUCUAUGCUCACUGGGGGGCGGAGUCUCUGGGCGAUCUUGUUGGCGUGCUGCAUGCCUGGUAUUUCAGAACAUCUCGAAAAGGUUUCCCAUAUGAGAGGCGUCCUGAAUCUCAGGCCUUCAUACCUAUAGAAGAAGGAGACUACUACUACGGAGGGGCCGUGAUCGGAGGGCGUCUCGACAAAGUGCUCAAGCUGGCGAAGACGUGCCGCAUGCAGCUGGAAGCGGACCGAGCAAAACAAAUCGAAGCGGCAUGGCAGGAAGAGUCUCACCUGAACAAGUACUUCCUGUACAACAAACCCACCAAGUUGCUCUCACCUGAAUACCUGUGGGAUGACAUAAAAUGGAAACCCAGCUACAUGAAAGUGGUGCGUUUCUCACAGGUGGUCAAAAACUAUGCUGAGAUUCGACCCAACCCUUAAUGAACUGGUCCUCCACCAAUUCAAGACCUUCCUUACCCUUGGUGACAACACCUCUUUGUGGAAGCUAUCCUAUUUUUUUUUUUGACAAUGGACACAACAGAAUGCCUACCAGUGCUGCUGUCAUAGAAAAUUACUGAUUAUGCACUAACCUAAAAUUCUUAAUAAGGGUGUUGAUUAAUUUUCUAUGACAGCAGCACUGAUAGUCAUUCCUGCAUUAAUGCAAAUCACAAGAUUAUAUUAAUAUGCUUGUUCUAAUACUUUAUCGUUUUUAUAGUAACAGCUAAUUCAUAGGGUAUACUAAUUAACAGAUUUUUAAAAGUAUAUUUUAACAAAGAAAGCUUUUUAUAAGCAGAUGUUUAUUUUUCAUUUAUAAUAAUAAUAUGUUUAAUUUAUAAAGCACCCCUCCAGAGCUCAAGGACACUUUACAAUAGUAAUACAAUAAAUGACUUGCCACCCAUAGUAGAGAGGCGAGAUCUAGGGACAGAGAGGAGUCCAGACCCAGAAGACCUGAGCAAGUAGAUAGGGUUGUAGGGGAGAAGCAGUUCACUGAGAUAGCGAGGUGCCAAACCAUGAAAUAAUUUAAAUAUAUGCAGGAUUAUUUUAUAUUUAAUACGAAACGAAACCUGCAACCAGUGAAUAUCAAAGAGGAUUGGAGUAAUGUAAUUUUUACUGCUGUAACAGUCUUCAGCACAGAAGAUCUUGCAUUUUUUCUUAUUAACUUGAAGAGGAUGUGACAGCAGGAACUAAAUUGUUUUGUAACUGUUGCACAACAUCGGGCCUCACUCAUCAAUCGUUGAGUAAAGUUGUGUGCAAAUGUUUGCAUAAAAUUGAAAAAAAAUUAUGCCAGAUUUACAAAAGUUUGGUAAAUACUAAUUUUCUUCGUAUUCAUGUGUGUAUGGUGCUAAAUGGCAAUCAACCGUAAAUUACCAGGCACAAGCACAGGCACGCCACAGCUGAUUUGUGUUUGGUGACGCCAACAAAACUCCAUAAAAAGGCCAAAAUGGCUACUAAUCAGCCAAAAAAAAGAAUUUCUCUGGUCCAGAAGUUGAAAUAUUUUUGACUCCUGUCUAAGAGAAUAAAAAAAUAUUAUUUAAUAAUGUAUCCAGCAGAGUCACAUCACCAGAAAAGGCCAAAGUAUGGAGAGAAAUUACAGAGGUGAUUCACUGACGUCCAUCCAGCGCAAUAUAAGUGGUGUGACACAAAAACUGUUAAUCGCCAGAGUUUCUCUGCUACCAGGGGCCAAAGCUUUUUAAAACUGACCAGAUGCCAUGGUAACAGAAACGGAAGCGAUUUAUAAGCAAGCUUUCAUCCUCCAAAAAAAAUAAAUAAAUCAUACCGGCCUCUAAAUAUCCGUUCGCUCCUAACGGCAUCAUGUGUAAACUCUUCCAGUAAUAAUGGAAAUUCAAAUAAUGCGGGUGGGAGAGGACGCUGGCGUUGUCUGUUUGCCGCUUCUCCACUCGAGUUUUAACUAGUUUUAACUGUUAAAAUAGCAAUACAACGUUAGAACUACUUCUGCAUAACAUUUGGGUCUGUUAUACGGAUUUUACCGACUCGGACUCUACUUGGCUAAUUGAUAGCAAGUCCCUGCGGGCAGCUAACCGGCUGCAGCUUUUCCUGGCUCUGCCUGCAUUCCCAGCGCUUACAGCUCCUUUUGGUGCUCACUACGAUUUAUCUCUUCUGGUCUCGAUUUCUCCAGCCACAUCACAGAUGAUUUCUUGCUGCCGAUUUCUUCCCUUUCUUUCUAUACUUCCCUACUUUGUAUACUGCUAGCGGCUAACAACAGACGUGGAGCCCGUGUGACUGGCAUAAUGAACUACUCGGCCACUCAACUGAUAGAAUAUAACAACCAUAACAUUCCAGCUUGUAUAUCAGUCAUUAAAGAACUUGGACUCCUACGUCGGCCCCGGUACAUCCACAGAAGCUCUCGGCAAAAGUUUGCUUACUCCCGGUCUGGUAACGAAAUACCUUCCGUUUGGGCAGCUGUGCGCCCUGUAGCAUCUCUUCCACGUCAUCAGAGGACUGAUAAUCUGUUGAUUAGUAGCACUGGAGAUCCUGCAACAGCGCCACACAUGGAGCCAAACAGAAAACGUGGAGUGGAUUUCAGCCUACUUCGGCCAGUAAGGAGAUUCACUGCUUCAUCUAAAAUUAAAAUUGAACUGUUUAAUACACAAUCCCUCACUAACAAAUCCUGCUUUAUACAUGAUCAUAUUCGGGACAAAAGUUUGGACAUAAUGUGCCUCACAGAAACCUGGCAUCAACCAGAUGUUUUUUCUGUUUUAAAUGAGACCUGUCCUCCUGGCUACUGUUAUUUCCAAAAAGCUUGUAGCACUGGCCGUGGUGGUGGCCUGGCUGUCAUCUACCGCAGUCACCUAGAUCUGUCCCCUCUGGCCCUCCCUGAGCUGUCUUCCUUUGAAUGUCUGGCAUUUAAUUGUAAGCCCCCUUUCACAAUGACAGUACUAUUAAUCUACCGGCCAACCAAACUAAAUGCAUGCUUCAUCUCAGAGCUAUACAAUUUUCUUUUAAUCUUCUGCACAACCUCUUCCAAUAUAAUAAUACUUGGAGAUUUUAACAUUCAUAUCAACAACCCCUCUUGCCAUCUUGCUACAGAAUUCCUUCAGUUAUUGGAUUGCUUAAACCUCAAACAAUAUGUUGAUGUUCCUACACACACUAAGGGGAACAUUCUUGAUUUGGUCAUUACUGAGUCUCCCCUUUUAAAUGCACCAUUUGUGUAUGAUCUGGGUGUAUCUGACCAUAAGGUCAUCUCCAUCGAGCUGCCUUUUCUGUCUUCCCACAUCAAGCCCAAACGUGAAAUACGUUUCAGAAAUCUGAAAAACAUUAACACAGAAAACUUGACCUUAAGCCUUCAACAUCUUCAUUCUGUAAAUGUCUCAUCAGUCACUGAAUCUGUGGAAUCUUAUAAUAAGAUACUGAGCAGCAUUUUGGAUCUUCAUGCACCCAUCAAAGUUAGGACAAUUGCAUUUUCUCGCUCAGCUCCCUGGUUCACAAGUGACCUGCGGAAAAUGAAAGCAGCUGGACGUGCCAUUGAGCGGCGGUAUAAUGCUUCUGGACUUACUGUUCACAAGCUGGCCUAUCGGGACCACCAAAAAGCUUAUUUGAAGUCCAUCAAAGAAGCACGGUCACAGUACUAUUCAAAUAUUAUUCACAAUAGUUCUGCCAAUUCCAAACAGUUGUUCUCCACCAUAAAUCACCUCCUUAAACCUCAAAUUGCUCCACUCACAGGAGCUACAGAAGAACAAUGCAAUGAUUUUAUGACCUUUUUUAAAACCAAAAUUGACAAAAUUCACUCCUCUUUUUAUGUUCCUUCCUCCUUGUCUGCCCCAACUGCUGACCCGCAGUCUGAUAUUUCGAUCCUGCUUUGCUGCUUCCCAGAAGUUACUCAACAUGAGGUCGAAGACACCAUCAGGGGGAUGAGAUCCUCCACAUGUGCCCUCGACCCUUUUCCUACACCUCUGUUGAAAGCAAAUAUUUCUGCCAUCAGUCCCCUUAUCACCAUAAUAAUAAACCAAUCCCUUCAGACUGGCCAUGUACCGUCUGCCUUGAAAACGGCCAUAAUCAGACCAUUACUUAAGAAACCCUCAAUUGAUCCUCAAAUUUUUGCUAACUAUAGGCCCAUAUCCAACCUGCCAUUUCUCUCUAAGGUUCUGGAGAAAGUAGUUGCCAGCCACCUUCAAGACCACCUCAAACACAAUAACAUUUUUGAAAAGUUUCAGUCUGGUUUCCGUUCCGCUCACAGCACGGAAACAGCCUUAGUGAGAGUCACAAAUGAUCUGCUGAUGACAGCUGAUGCUGGUUCACCAUCACUUCUUGUCCUUUUGGAUCUUUCUGCAGCGUUCGACACCGUUGAUCACGGUAUACUUCUCAACAGGCUACACCACUCCGUUGGACUUAAUAACACCGCCUUGCGUUGGUUCGAGUCAUACCUUGCAGACAGAUCUGAAUUUGUGGCCAUGGGAAGCUCAAGGUCCCGUUCACAUGCUGUUAGAUGCGGAGUUCCACAGGGAUCAGUUCUUGGACCUAUUUUAUUCAUUCUUUACAUGCUCCCCCUUGGCAAAGUCAUCAGUCGCUUGGGAAUUUCUUUCCAUUGUUACGCUGAUGAUACACAACUAUAUAUGAAAACUGAUGCUCACUCAUCAUCAUCGUCAUCAACUUUACCUACACUCACUGCCUGUCUGGAGGAGAUAAGGGCAUGGAUGAAUCAUAACUUUCUCCAGUUGAACAGCUCAAAAACAGAAGCCAUCCUCAUUGGUUCCCCUCAUCAGAUCAGAACAUCUACCAUAACUUGUAUUACAUUCUCUGGCCAGGACAUCCCCCUAUCACCAUUAGUUACAAAUCUUGGUGUUAGGUUUGACCCUCAUUUAACCUUUGAGGCUCACAUUAAACAUCUUUGCAAAACAUCAUUUCAUCACCUCAGGAAUAUAGCCAGACUCCGUCCUACACUCUCCCUACAUGAUGCUGAGAAACUCGUCCACGCCUUUGUCUCCUCCAGACUGGACUACUGCAACUCUCUUCUCAUCGGGAUCCCUAGCAAGAGCAUCCAGAAACUCCAGCACAUACAGAAUAGUGCCGCUAGGAUCCUGAUGAGAGUGCGUAAAUACCAAUUCUUCAAUCAUUACAAUGGCUUCCCAUUUCCGCCCGGAUUGAAUACAAGGUCUCCCUCCUCACACAUCAGUGCAUCUAUGGCAAUGCCCCCACUUACCUUAAAGAACUCCUCACCCCACAGAUUUCAGCACGUCCCCUCCGCUCCACAAACACUCAUCGUCUCCUCCCCCCUAGGACUAAUACCCGCACCAUUGGGGAUCGAGCCUUUUGCGCCGCUGCUCCUCGCCUGUGGAACGCCCUCCCUGAACAUCUGAGGGCUCCACAAAUGACUGAUGGUUUUAAAAGGGGUUUAAAAACAUACCUUUUUAAAAAGUGUUUUAAUAUAGUUUAAAUUUCUGUGCUAAUCUCAGUUGGCAGCUGGUUUUAAUUGCUGUUUUUUUGUAGCACUUUGAGAUUUUCUUUAAAAUGUAAAGUGCUUUAUAAAUAAAAUGUAUUAUUAUUAUUAUUAUUAUAAUAUCAAAUCUGCCAUUUGCACCUUAAAGCUACCAUCUGCACAGACCUGUCCCGCCCUCCGUUUAUACACAGGGAUUUCAUCUUAAUUAAAAAACUAGUAGUCUUAUUUGUCUUAAAAUGGAUUUGGAUUGGCUUGUUGUCUUUCAUGAAUAGGUUGACAUGAAUAGGUUGUUGAUCUCCUGACCCUCGGCUACACCUUGACCUUGAUUCUGGUUUCCGUAUUUGUCUAGAUUGCUACGUUGAGUAAAGCUCUGCGCUUGCAUCCGUACCUGCAAACCUGAUACCUGUCAGGUUAGCUCAUUUUAGCUAGUUAGCAUUAGCAGUGAAGGUAAGAGAUGAAACACACACAAAAAAGUAAAUGUUUAAAUGACCGUUUCAUGCAAAAUAUGCAAACCUUUACAUAUUUUGUGUUGAAUCUUCAUCACACAAAAAUAUCUCAGAAGAGCAGUUUUCAUUUUUUCUAAUAAAAGCAGCAGAUCAACAAAAACAGCAGCUAAUCAACCAGUUUGUGAGCCGUUAGCGAGGGGGACCAUAAGAUGCAGUUCGGUCUUUCAGCUUCAUUAAACACAUCCUAUCAAAAAAUAAAUAAAUAAAAUAAAAUGGUCUAACUAUAAGAAAGUGCUAAGAAUUAAAUAUUUAUGCUCAUCACACAGAAAGUUUUAUUAACAAAAACAUGUAGAGGUUAAAAGAGUUGAAAGUAAUAUAGUUGCCCCUAUAUACAGAGAAGUCCAUGAUAUUAUGGGAAAUUAUGAAACAGUGGUUUGAAUACCUCUGAGCUAACCUGACAGGAUCUAACAACAGGGUCAUGACAUUACAUGUUCAUAUUAGCUAUCUAGCUAACAUGAGCUAACCUGACAGUGACAGGUAAAAUUUUUACGGCUAUAAAAUAAGCUAACUUCACAGGCUUUCUAAAUCAUACUCACAAAGGUUCCCAAUCUUUGCUGCUAAUGCUAGCUGUAUAGCUAAAAUAAACUAAACUGAAAGGAUUUCUAAUUCAUAAAUGUCCAUAAUUUUCACUAUUAGAAAAAAAAGUCACUAUUAGUGCUAUUAUAAGAGAACUUGACAGGUUAACUGCAAAAUUCUUAGCCUACGUUUAUAUGCAGUCAUAAAACUAUGUUUGAGGAUCAUUCAAAAACGUCAGAACUGCGUCUUUGUUUAUAUGUUGUCAAAAUGUGUUUUUUUUUCUCCUGUGAAUUACAUACAGCAGCUCUGUUAACAGUACCAUGCGUAUAAGUGAGCAGGUUGAGAGAGCUGUAACUUGUCCUGUGUCGCCCUCUUCAGGAUGUGUAACCUUCUCAGUUGCACAGUUCUCUCAAGACAUCUUCAUAAUUCUUCAUUUUUGAUGUUUUAGAUGUUGCAAAGUUGUCUUUUCAUGUUGUCAUGUAGCACAGCUACAAGGCAAGGUGCUGUACUUUAUAAAUACUAUUUUAUACAGAUGAGUUUCAGAUGAGUUUUUGGUCACUCAAAAUGAGACAGUGUACAUGUUAAUUUGCAUAUUUUAACUGGAAUUUACAGUAAAUUAUUUUGUGUAUCCCUGGAGGACUAGUGGUUGGGCCACAGCGCUCUCACCACUGUGGCUGGGGUUCAACUCCCAGCCAGGGAACCGACCCCAGCCACAGUGCGCUCUUAGUGCCGGUCCCAAGCUGGAAUUAGAGGUGCGUGUGUGGGAUUGCUUUUUUUUUUUUAUCAUCACUGCUCCUGCAGGAAUUCUGACCAAUUCCCCCACUCCUACAGGAAUUCUGACCAAUCACACAUGCUCCCACAGGAAUUCUGACUAAUUCUCUUCUCCUACAGGAAUUCUGACCAAUCGCACCCGCUUCCAUAGAAAUUCUGACUAAUUCCCUUCUCCUACAGCAAUUCUGACCAAUCACACCUGCUCCCAUAGGAAUUCCGACUAACUCCCUUCUACAGAAAUUCUGACCAAUCCCACCCGCUUCCAUAGAAAUUUUGACCAAUCACACCUCCCACCUGCAGGAAUUCCUACUAAUUCCCCUGCUCCUGCAGGAAUUCUGAGCAAUCACACCUCCCUCCUGCAGGAAUUCUGACUAAUACCCCUGCUCCUGCAGGAAUUCUGAGCAAUCACACCUCCCUCCUGCAGGAAUUCUGACUAAUUCCCCUCCUCCUGCAGGAAUUCUGAGCAAUCACACCUCCCUCCUGCAGGAAUUCUGACCAAUCACACCUGCUCCCACAGGAAUUCUGACUAAUUCCCUUCUCCUACAGAAAUUCUGACCAAUCACACCUCCCUCCUGCAGGAAUUCCUACUAAUUCCCCUGCUCCUGCAGGAAUUCUGAGCAAUCACACCUCCCUCCUGCAGGAAUUCCUACUAAUUCCCCUGCUCCUGCAGGAAUUCUGAGCAAUCACACCUCCCUCCUGCAGGAAUUCUGAGCAAUCACACCUCCCUCCUGCAGGAAUUCUGACCAAUCACACCUCCCUCCUGCAGGAAUUCUGAGCAAUCACACCUCCCUCUUGCAGGAAUUCUGACCAAUCCCACCCUCUUCCACAGAAAUUCUGACCAUUUCCACCCACUCCUGCAGGAAUUCUGACAAAUUUCUCCUGCUCCCACAGGAAUUCUGACUAAUCCGGCCCACUCCCACACAUUCAUAAAAUAUAACUUUAGGCUACUUUAUUUUACAGUUAAAUGGGACCCUGGCAGCAAAAAGUUCAAGAACCCUAGGUCUAAUGAACUAGUUUAAUCUAUUUUUCAAAAUCUAAACAAAUAGUAAUUUAAACCAAGCAUUUACAAAGCCAACCAAGAGUUUCUUACUCUUCGUAGCACAUUUCUUAGGCUUUCACACCUAGUUGUUUCACAAGCAUCCAUUUUUUUUGUUUUGCCACACCAUUCCUUUUUUCAAUUGCACAGGUUUGUGUUCUGUAACUGCUUAGAAAUUUGCCUGAGUGUGCUUGGUGUGACACUUCUUAUUGGAUCUCGUGAAUGUUUUAACACUGCAUGUCACGCAAGUGCAUUUAUUAGAGAAAGGAUUAACUACUUUAUGGAGUUGUAACUUGGCUUUCAUGCAUGUUUGACAGCCCAUGCUAAUGUUAACUCUAGUUGAACCACAAUACGUUUCGGGGUGGAGCUAAUGCACCUUUAAGACAUUUAUUUAUUAGAUCAAUUGUGUUUUUUGUCAUCAUGUUCAAUUGGAGGCAAAUAUUUCUUUACACUUAUAAAUAUGUCUUCUACCUUCUUUGUGCCGUUCUGAAAAGUAUAUUUUUUCUGGUCACAAUGUCAUCUGUGAUGUUACCUCAAUCCCUCCAGGUAAUUACAUAUGAGGUCUUGUUUUGUAAAAUAUGUUCCAUACCCAUUUAAUGUCAAGGCUGGAAAAACAAAUGUGAUUUCUAAAAAAUAAAAAAAAAUUUAAAAAAAAGAAAAACAGAAGUUUUUUUUUUUUUUUUUU